UCAUACAAUUUGUUUAAAAGAAGAGGAACGUUAUUGAAAACUUUGAGGUGGAUUGCAGGUUAUAGUCGAGGUCUGACGUAAUGGUAACUCCCAUCAUUUGUUUUUGAUAAACAGACAAGCAUCGCUGUUCCAUACUAGUCCAACAGAUUUCGUAAGAAAGAAAUGGAACUAAACUGUCUUCAAAAAGAAAAGAAAGCUUUGAAAAUGACGUUCUUCAGAGAUUGAAGACAACCCUCAUUUUUUCUUGUAGAGUAGUUGUCCCGCCUUGAUUUUUAACGGGAGCUUCUUCAGUGUUAAAUGGCGUCCAUGCGGGAAAAGGAGACGAUUUUGCUGUGCAUUUUCUCAUGCUUUAUAAUCACUAAAGGUUAUGUACAACAGAAAGCUCCGUCUAGUAGAAGUGAUUUUGCUGAAAGUUCAUUAACCCCAAUUCAAAAACAGGACAUGCUGGACGCGCAUAAUAAGUUUAGAUCGAUGGUACAGCCAGAAGCCGCUAACAUGGAAUAUCAGGUUUGGAGUGAUGAUCUCGCUAACCUUGCCCAAAUGUGGGCCAACAAAUGUAUUUGGGCCCAUGGCUUUAUUCAAUUUGGAUCUCAAUACCCCAAAGACCCCACAGUGGCGACAAAAGACGAACAAAUCGGUCAAAAUUUAGCACGAGAAUAUGGUAAAGUGACCUCACCAGAGGUUCGAGUUGAGAGGUGGUAUAAUGAAAUCAAGUAUUACAGGUUUAAUAAAUUUGAUUCUCCAAUGGGUCCAAAUCAGUGCGUACCUGGAAAGAUUUGUGGUCAUUACACCCAGCUUGCCUGGGCGACAAGCAAGGACGUUGGUUGUGGUAUGAAUUUUUGUCAGACGAUGAGAGGCACCUUUAGUCCUCCUCAGGGACAAUCGUUUGUGGCUUGUGACUACGCAGCAGGCGGAAACAUCAUUGGUGAAUACCCCUACAAGCUUGGGACUCCUUGCUCUAAAUGUGCCUCAGGUUUUGGAUGGUGCUAUAAAAAUCUCUGUAGAGAUUGCAAAGACCACAGCCUGGAAUGUGGAAAAUCCUUAACUCAAGACAUGUGCACAGUAGAUGUAGAGAAAAUGAAGAAAUUUUGUCCUAAAAUGUGUAAUCUUUGUGAUUGUCCUCUUCAGUGUAAACAAGGCACUUUGGACAAAAGCAAGUGCAUAUGUAAAUGUCCAUCUGGUUAUCGACCACCAGAUUGUUCAGAAAAAUGUGAGGAUGUUUCCAAGUACCGAUGUAAAGAUUAUCUAAACAAAGGGAAAAAAUGCAGUCAGUCAUUCAUGCAAGACAAAUGCCCUGCAUCUUGUGGGAUUUGUGACGAUGGUACUGGCGUACCAACAGUUUUACCUACGAGCGCACCUACACCUGCCAGCGGCCCUGCAGGUGAAACAAGCCCACCGGCACCGGCACCGGCACCGGCACCGGCACCGGCACCGGCACCGGCACCGGCACCGGCACCGGCACCAGCACCAGCACCGGAACCCUCUCCGGCACCAGCACCGGAACCCUCACCGGCACCAUCACCGGAACCCUCACCGGCACCACAGCCGUCACCGGCCCCGCAGCCGCCGCCACCAGCAUCACCACUGCCUCAAUCACCGCCUUCUCUUCCUCCUUCUCCUCCCGCACCGCCACCACCAUCAUCUUUACCCUCUUCAUUUCCUCCUCCCCCUGAAACUUCUACUUCGCCACCGGCACCUAACCCAUCCACUCCAGUGCACCCACCACUACCUCAUCCACCGUCAUCGUCUCCUGGUCCUUUACCAAGUCCAGGUCCUAAUCCUUUUCCAGUUGAACAAUCAGGGUGUGUCGAUUCGGAUAACCAAUGCCCUCUGUGGGCUGAUCAACUAGAAUGCGAAAAGAACCGAAACUGGAUGCUAAAGAACUGCAAGACAAGCUGCAACCAGUGUAAAGAGUGUGAAGAUCUUGUUCCAGCCUGCCCAGAAAUGGCUCUCAUUGGAUAUUGUAAUCGAUCACCAGAAAAGAUGUUAACAAAGUGUAGAAGAAGCUGUGGACUUUGUAAAGUGUAUGAUAAGGAAAGUUGGUGUCCUGCCUGGUCGGCGCAAGGAGACUGUAACCAUGACCAACACUGGGCCUGGAUGCUUAAUAACUGUCCACAAAGCUGUGAUAUACCACUGUCUCGUUAUCAGUUUUGUUCAGCAAAGCCUGACGGUUUUUACCCAACCUCCAUAUCAUGUAAAGGAUAUAUCCAAUGCUCUUCUGGAUGGACCAAGUUUGUGGCCUGUCCUCAGGGAAGAUCCUUUGACAAAGGCCUCGGUACCUGUCGAUUUUCUGAAGAUGUCUCGUGCGAUGAUGCUAAGCACGAGAAUUAUUAGUUUGAACGAUAAUUAUGUUUGCACUUACAAGUACUGGAUAUCCCAAAUAACUCUCAGUGUGCAUUGGUUCAGUAUUUACAUUUUUCAUGAAGGCACUAAACUUGAACAAUUUGAAUAUAUGCCUGUACUGUAUUAAGGGAAGAUUUAGAAUUGCUCCAGCGAAUAGUAUUUUGCUAAUCAGCGACGAUUUGAUGUUUCAUUGAAGGAUAGUCUAAUGUAGCCGCAGUUAUUCAAGUUUCAUUAAUUCAUUGCAAUUGACGUGUGAAUUAAGUAAUGUUUGGCUUGACUUAGCUAAUGAAGUGAAAAGCGAGAGAUGACUCCUACCUAAUUCACAUUUUUUUUUUCUAUCAGUCGGUUGUAUAGUCGAACCAGUACCUUACUAAUAUAUCCACUAAAAAAUAAAUUUUAAUAUCUAAAUUAGUUUUCAUUAAAAAUAUAGAAAAUGGGGAAAUCACUGUAUUUACUAGACAGGAAUAUUUGCCUUGAGAUAAAAUCUUUUUAGUAACCUGCGCAAUUCUUCAAAUAAUAUGCAUCUGCAUCUGAAAAAAUGCAAAAUGCAAUACAGUUUUGUAAAAGGAUAGUAAAGAUAGUAAGAUAGAUGGUCAGGCGCGUAGCGUCCUUUACGCAUAUACGCACUUGCGUACUUGUGACACUGAAUGAAAUAUUAAAAUUUUCGGGAUUUUUUUUAUAUAAUUAUCUUUGGUUGCUCUGUCGCACCAAGGCUUCGUUAUCAAAAAGAACCUCAAAACGCUGGAAAUCUCAUUUUCAAGAGUCAUUAUUUCAAAAUUUCCUAGACAGCUAGAAAGGACUCCCAGACUCUCCUUAAUACUCCCGCCUUCGGCGGUCGUUAACCACCCAAUCCAUAAUAUGUGUCUCGGUYCCUGACAUGUGCGUAGUAGCCAAAAAGUCCACGCUACGCGCCUAUAGAUAGUAAGCCUUUUUUAUUUAUCAAACAUAAGCAAAAUCUCGUAAAGGAUGCCGGAUAACUAUGGCCCUUUAAGAAAAACUCUCAGUGAUGAGAAAUUGUCGCUUUAACAAAUAAUGCAUUCAGUGUUUUAAUUUAAAUAAUGCAUAUGAUUUGAUGGUGGACGUCUCCAAGCACUAAUUCAAAAUCUUGUUAUAAAAUCUUUWUAAUGACUGUAUAGUAUAAAACAACCGCCUGAUUGUUAAAAAACCAAAUAAAAUAGAAUUUAUAAAAACUAAUUGCUUAAGUUGCAUGUAAACUAAACAAAACAAAGCAGGAUCGGAAUUGAAGUAAAAGACAAUUAUUACGAUAUGAUGUAUUUUAGAAAGGAAUAAGUACUUAAAACGAAGUUGAUGAAAAAUAUGAUAUGGAAUACAAGAAAGAAAAACAAUAAAAAACAAACUGUUAGAAUUAUA